ACUUUUCCUUUCGAGGAGCGACAAAGUGCACCGACAUAGUUAAGCGUCUAUAUCUCGACUUUUGUAUUUGUAUGAGAAAUUCAGGCGCAUGGCGUUUAAACGCGGCCGUGAAGCGGAAUCGCCGUCGGUAAUUUAGCGCCAAGUUAAAUCACCUCCUCCCUUGACGUUGAUGCCUCAAGUCAUCUGUUCCCUAAGAAGGCGCCAGCUCGGAGGAGCCUGCAGUCUGUCGGACACACUCACCGCCUCCGUAUCACAACAAUUACCCGGCAGAUAACUAACACACAUCGUCAUAUUUAUUUCUUAACCCGCGGAUAAGAGUGAACUUCAAGGGCGGAGAGUCUUGAGGUUUGCUCCGAGUUUGAGAGAUAAGCCUUCCAGUAUAAUGCUAGGAAAAAGGCAAGAGACCGAAUCGAAGUCUGUUGCUCCUGAGGCUCCCAAGGAAAAUGCAGCACGAUCGAGAAAAAGGAAGGCAGAUGUUGCUAUUUUUUUACAAGAUCCUGACGAGGAGGUGGCAGAGAUGACGAAGAAGAAGCAGCGUGACCAUGAGCUGGGCUGGAGUCCUGAUGCCGGUUACACAAGUCCACACAGGUGGAUCCCCACGCCUGAUCAGGAAGAGGACCAACCGGUUGCCUUUAUCAGCACAGGCUUCCCGCACUAUGCCUUAAACAACAUAUUUGUCACCCCUGUGCGCUCCUCCCCGCUCCCUGCACUGUGCUGGGCAAGUAAGGAUGUGGUGUGGAACAACAUGUUGGAGAAGGAUAAGAGUUACACCCGAGAUGUCCACGUGAUGGAGAAGCACCCCCAUCUCCAGCCCAAGAUGAGGGCCAUUCUCCUGGACUGGCUCAUGGAGGUGUGUGAGGUCUACAAACUGCACAGAGAGACAUACCACCUGGCCCAGGACUACUUUGAUCGCUUCAUGGCUACGCAGAGCAACCUCUUCAAAUCAGCCCUGCAGCUCAUAGGGAUCACCUGCCUCUUCAUCGCUGCCAAAGUGGAGGAGAUGUAUCCUCCCAAGGUUCACCAGUUUGCGUACGUGACAGACGAAGCUUGCACUGAGGAUGAGAUUCUCAGUAUGGAAAUCAUCAUAAUGAAGGAGCUGAAUUGGAGUCUGAGCCCCCAGACUCCAGUCUCCUGGUUGAAUAUUUACAUGCAGGUGGCCUAUCUGAAAGAGAAAGAUGAGCUACUCAUCCCCAGAUAUCCCCAGGCUACAUUCAUACAGAUCGCUGAGCUGCUGGACCUGUGUAUGCUCGACGUACGUGGCCUUGAAUUCUCCAAUGGUGUCCUUGCUGCUUCGGCCCUGUUCCACUUCUCCUCCUUGGAGCUGGUGGAGAACGUCUCAGCUCUGAAGAGGGUGGAGGUCGAGGAGUGUGUGAGGUGGAUGGUGCCCUUUGCCAUGGCGCUGCGGGAGGUUGGCGGGUCGCCUUUGAAAACGUUCCUAGGAAUCCCUGCAGAUAACACGCACAACAUCCAGACACAUGCCCCCUACCUGACAUGGCUGGACAAGGCCUAUUCCUACCAGGAAGCAGAAUUGGAGCGCCACGGCAACUGCCCCGUCCCCUCGGGCGUCCUGACCCCUCCUCUCAGCAGUGAGAAAACGGAAGAUGCUCUCAACGGCGCGGCUGCACCUAAAAUCAGACCAAGGAUCAGCACGGCUUCCCUGCAACCGCACAUUCAGGAAUAACGAAAACAAAAACGCUGAAACUUCACCAGAGCAGCAAAAUCCCUAAUCUCUACUCUCUGGCUGUAAAGGGGGGAAAAGGAAGUUUUCUGUAUCCAAUAUCAGGAGCUGCGCCUUUCUGUGCAGAAUCUCCACACGUCUGCACAGUGGGUCGGAAAAGACCGAUAGAAGCUGUUAUGUUGCUCUGAUUUUUAAGGCCUGACUACACUGAUCCAAAUGUUUGAAGUGUCUGGGCAGGCGGUGCAUGGAUGUGCACCAACUGGCGGAAUCGUGGGUGGGGGGGGUGCAGAAAAUAAGGAAAUAGCUUGGAUGCCCCCAAAAACCACAGACUUUUCCUUUAACCCCCCCAGUUUGGGUGAUAAGAGGAGGUGGAGGGAUAUUUGGGUGGGAGCGCCCAACAGGAUAAUUUUUUUUUGAUGGCAUUGCACCCACAUGCUUGCAUAAUUAUCAACUGCACACACAUAUGUUGGUUGAUGAAUAAUUUUGUUUUCUGUGCAGAGGCUGAUUGAAUGGACUAUUUAGAGUCUCUGUGUGAAAUUUCCUUUUUUUUCCUCAAGUUUUUUUUUUUUUUUUAGCUCAGAUUGAUGUCUUAAAUUACCAGCAAGACCCACUUGCCCAAAAACUAUUCCUAGGGUCGUCUUUGGCUCUAUGUGCUGCUACAAAAAGUGGGCUUUGCAUUGCGUAGGGGAAAACAGGUGUGUGUGCGUGUGCUUGUGUGUGUAAAUGUGUGUUUGGUUGCAUGUGCCUCUUCUGUUGACAUUUUAUUGGACACGUCGUGGCCAUGUUUUUGCUUAGGGACCAGUAGCUGGGCUACCUAAACAAGAGAACCAGCUAAGCUUCAGAAGCAAACAUUUUGAUUGUAUUUAUCUGUUUUGUUUUUACACUUCCCAACAGUUUUUACCCCACCACCAAAAUGUAAGAUUUAUAUUUGACUUUUUUUUUUUUUAAAUGAAAUGCUGCUACAUAUAUUUUACAAUAAAGACAGUGUCUCACAACUGUUUUUUAA